AUGCGUGACACCGUCAGCAUACGUAGUUAUAACUUUUUCAUCGCCUCAUUUUCCGCCCUGCUGGUUUGUGCCGCGGCAGACGUCUCUCAUCUCGGUGGUGGCUACAAUUAUCCAGCGCCUGUCCAUGAAGCUGUGCGCUCACAACCAAUACUACCACAAAAUACCUACAUUGCGCCUGCAGCACCAGCACCGGCGCCAUCUCACGGCUACAGCUAUCCGGCACCAGCGCGAAUUCAUGAAGCAGUAAAAUCCCGACCAGUUGCACCAGCUCCACCAAUCAUUCCACACCCACCUCCAGCGCCGUCUCACGGUUACAGCUACCCCGCACCAGUAUCUCAAGGCUACAGCUAUCCAGCGCCAGCUCCACCAGUUCAUCAAGCUGUGAUAUCUCAGCCAAUUUCACCGCAAAGCACUUACAUUCCACCACCACCGGCAGCACCAGCGCCAUCAAGGGGCUACAGCUAUCCAGCCCCAGCUUCAGUUCACGAGGCUGUGAAAUCCCAGCCAAUCAUUCCACAAAACACUUACAUCCCACCUGCACCGCCAGCGCCAGCGCCAUCUCAAGGCUACAGCUAUCCAUCGCCAGUUCACCAAGAAGUGAAAUCGGAACCGAUUAUACCCUCAGCUUCUCUAGAACAGGAUGGCUACCAUUAUAAGACAGUUCGUCGCGUUGUUUAUAGACGUCGUUUACGAGUUUAA